AUGGCCGACCAAAAUCAACCCCGCGACCGCGAGGAGGAGCUCGACGAGAUGCUCGCCGUAGACGAUGCCGCAGAGGAGAUUGAGCAGGGUGACGACAUCCCCAUGGACUCAGACGACGAGCAGGAGGAAAUCCUUCUCCAGAACGAUUCGAUCGGCUACUUCGACGUCCCCAAGGACUCUCUCUUCUCCAUCGCCCAACACCCUGUCCACCCCUCCCUCAUUGCGGUAGGCGGUGCUGAGGGUGCUGAUGAGGACGCUCCCGGCGCCGGCUGGAUCUUCGACACUUCCGCUGCGCAGUCCAGACCUGUUCUUCCCGCAAGCUUCGCCAGCGACCCCGAAGCCGCCGCCAACCGCCAGACCACACAGCUCGAGAGCCUGUUCGCGAUCGAGGGCCAUUCCGACUCUAUCAACGCUCUAACGUGGACGCUGCCCCAGGGUGAAGUCCUCAUCAGCGGCGGUCUCGACGGUAGAAUACGAGCAUGGAAGACAGUGGUGAACCCUGGCCAGGCCCUCGAGGUAUCGCUCCUAGGCGAGGCGCAGGAGGUUCCCGAGGUCAACUGGGUGGUGCCUUGCCCGAGCACUACCAACCCCAACACAAUCGCCCUCGGCUCUUCAGACGGCUCCGUUUGGGUCUACACCGUCGACCCCUCCGACCCAUCCAACGCUCUCCAGAUCGUCAAGUCCUACUUCCUCCACUCCAUGCCCUGCACAGCCGGCGCAUGGACCCCCGACGGCAAGCUUCUAGUCACUGUCUCCGAGGAUAGCAGUCUGUACGUCUGGGAUGUGUGGGGUCCGGACAACGGCAUGGCCUGCGUUUCGCUCACUGCUGAUGACCAGCGAUUCGAGGUUGAGGGCGGUCUCUACUCCCUCGCCGUCGACCCCAAGGGCGCAUUCGUCGCAGCCGGCGGCGCAGGCGGUGCCAUCAAGGUCGUCUCCCUACCCCGUCUCUCCGGCAAGGCCCCGUCGCAAAGCCGUGGCAAAGGCAGCAAGGGUGCCGCCGAGUCUACAAGCGGAGGACAGAUCCUCGCCUCCCUCCACACACAGUCCGACAGCGUCGAGACCCUGGCUGUGUCCCUCGCAUCUACCACUCCAGCAACGACACUCCUUGCUGCUGGGUCCGUCGACGGGUCCGUCUGCGUGUUUGACGCGACCCGCCGCUUCGCCGUGCGAAGACACAUCAUCGGCGCUCACGAGGAGCACUCUGUUGUCAAGGUCGAGUUCAUCAAGGACUCGUGGGUACUGACCAGCUGCGGUAUGGACGGUGUGGUACGGCGGUGGGAUCUCCGCGGUGGUGCUGCGGGCUCCGGCGCUGCAGAUGCUUCAAACUCCGGCUUGGUGAAGGUAUGGAAGGGCCACCGAGGAGAUGGCGAGGGCGGCGGUGUUCUGGGCUUCGUGCAGGGCGAGACAGGUGAGAGAAUAGUUACUGCAGGCGAUGAUGCAGUAGCACUAGUUUUCGAGGCAUGA